AGUGAUUUUAAGUCCAUAUUUGAAAAAUGAACAGUUAAAUAACACCGGUCACGUGACUCGGGUCAAAGGUAACUUCUAGCUAGUUAGCUUUCCAAGGACGCAACAUGGCAUCGUCUAAGAAGGUUUUUGAGGUGUUUGUGUCUAAAAUACCAUGGACCAUUGCAAGCAAGGACAUGAAGGAGUACUUUGGGCAGUUCGGGCAAGUCAAGAAAUGCCUACUUCCUUUUGACAAGGAGACAGGAUUCCACAGAGGCUUCUGCUGGAUCGGCUAUACGUCCGAGGAAGGCCUGCACAAUGCUCUCCAGAAAGACCAACACAUGCUGGAGGGAGCCACGCUUCAAGUUCAAAGAAACAGGAAAGUGUUUGCGGGACAGAAGACAAACAAAGAGGUGGUGGAGGGAUGGUGAAGGGUGUGCGUUUUGUACCAUGUUUGUGUGUGUAUAUGAGAGGGUGUAUUAAAUACCUUUAAAUAGAAACAGAACUAGGCCAUUCAACAUUUGUUUUUCAUAGUCUUCAUAUUUUAUUGUAAUUUGUCAAAAGAAAGAAUCAUGAUUACUGUCUGUUUUGCAUGUUGACAAAAUGGUUGAAGGGAGAAGUGUGUUCCUUUUGGCACCCUGCCAGUAACUGCAUAUUAAGACACGACGAGGAUGAUGAUGGCAGGAUCUCUUAUUGUGCUUCUAUCAUGAUUAUUGAUGGCUGCUUUACACAACCUCUGCAUAUGUCUGUAUUAAACUAUGACUAGGCUUAUCACUUUUCUCAAUGUCGGGCAUCACACUUCACUUAAUAAAAAUGACUGAUUUACAA